CGAACUUCCAGAGGCACCGUUACAGGACCCCGAACUCAUCUCUAUCCCAGAGAGGUGUGACGUUGUGUUCAACCUCCUGAAAAAAAUGGAGCGUUCAGAACAAAAACAGCAUCGACGCGUCCAUUGCCAACCAGGCUUUCGGUGGGAAAGCUGCCAUCUCUUGGCCACGGGCUUUCUUCCCUUUCAUGGAGAGCAUGGCCAUGUACCUACGAGAUUACAGCAAGCUCCGAAAAGCCUGGAAGAACUACUCCGACUUGAAGGCCAAGGGGCCAUUGAAGAAUGACGACCUUCAAGCUUGUAUUAGCCAGUACUAUGCUGCGUACAGCCCCAUCCGGGAACUCGCACAAUCGUGGGGCAUGGACUUCGUCGUCCUCUGUGACCUGCUACAUUCCGCUCCCGACGGAAACGUUGCUUGGGACGGCCCUUACUGCGGUGCCUUCUUCUCGACCGACACCCAGAAAGACAAGCCUUUUGUCGGAGUGGCGUUCAAGGGCACCAAUCCCCUGAACCUGCGCGACAUCGAAGUGGACUACAACUAUCAGCUCACGGAUUCCGGGAGAUACCUCGGCGGCACGCGCGUGUCUCUCGGCGUCUUCACUGCUCUUUUCGACAGGUUCGAGAGCAUCGAAGAGACUGCCUACGACUUUAUCACGGGGGCGCUCGGAGAUUGUGUGAUGAAAAUGGCUAAAGCGCCCGGCAGCGCUGUCAGGGCUCAUGUCACGGGUCACUCACUUGGGGGCUCGUACUCGUCCUUCUAUUACACCCAGCAACUGCAAGAUCGUGGGAUACCGGGCGUGCAGAUGGUUAUGGGAGACGAGUACACGUUCGGUGCUCCUCGCGUCGGAGGCCAGUCGUGGGCAACUCACAACAACAAUGUUGUCUCCGAGUCGGAGGGGCAAUCCUGGAGGGUCGUGAACAGCCAGGACCUGGUGCCGCAGGUUCCGCCGACGAGCUUAAGACCAACAGAGCUGGAGUUCUGCCAUAUCGACAACGGUCGGAAGAUAUUUGGAAACCAGCUUCCGGAGCCUAUCAAAAGCGAGAUUGGGGGGGGGCCACCGCCGGUUGUCAACUUUAAAAACCCGUCUGCGCUCGUUCGGGCCGUCUACGGUUCAACAUACCACCUACCGUGGUCUUACUAUAAAGCAAUGCUUUACGCCAUCGACAACACAAAGUAACUACCGUGUCACGGCUACGAGGCGGUUCUACGUCCGGCUGAAUGCCCGCGGCUUGCACCAGCCCACCAGGGCGCCUUCAUCGUGAGGAGGCGGAGGCCGAUAUGUAGCCAGUAACCCAGAGAUACUGGAGAUGA